GGAUUUCCCAUGGUGCCUCGCGAGUGGCGGGCAUGAGAGUAAACUGCGGAAGGUCGCCAGCGGGUUCUAGUCAUUGUUGGAGUUGUUCUCUUGUGCCGCAGGGCUUCGACGAGAUUGGUGCCCGGUCGCUUACUUGGCUGGUGCAAUGGCGCUUUUCCGGUGCGUGUGGAGCGUGCUGAGUGCCCUGGGAAAGUCCGGAUCGGACCUCUGCGCGGGCUGUGGAAGUCGACUGCGCUCUCCUUUCAGUUUUGCGUAUGUACCGAGAUGUUUUUCAUCCACCGCGAAUAGUUACCCAAAGAAGCCUCUGACUUCAUAUGUUCGAUUUUCUAAAGAACAGCUACCCAUAUUUAAAGCUCAGAACCCAGAUGCAAAAAACUCAGAACUAAUUAGAAAAAUCGCCCAACUAUGGAGGGAACUUCCUGAUUCAGAGAAAAAAAUAUAUGAAGAUGCUUACAGGGCAGACUGGCAGGCAUACAAAGAAGAGAUAAACAGAAUUCAAGAACAGUUAACUCCAAGUCAGAUUGUAUCUUUGGAAAAAGAAAUCCAGCAAAAACGUUUAAAAAAGAAAGCAUUAAUAAAAAAAAGAGAGUUAACAAUGCUUGGAAAACCGAAAAGACCUCGCUCAGCUUAUAACAUUUUUAUAGCUGAAAGGUUCCAGGAAACUAAGGAUGGUACAUCACAGGUAAAGCUGAAGACUAUAAAUGAAAACUGGAAAAAUCUCUCUAGUUCUCAAAAGCAAGUAUAUAUUCAGCUUGCUAAUGAUGAUAAAAUUCGUUAUUAUAAUGAAAUGAAAUCUUGGGAAGAACAGAUGAUGGAAGUUGGACGAAAUGAUCUUCUACGUCGCACGGUAAAGCACCAACGGAAAGUCGACACUGAGGAGUAUUGAAAUAGAAGAUUGAGUUAUGUUCAUAAUGGAUAGACACAAGAAACCAAUUAGGUCUCAAUACCUGAAGCUAUUGAAAAUUAGAAAGGAUAAAGUUGGUGAACAUUUUAUAUUUAAUUCCUUUUUCUUUAGCCCAUGGACUUCUGCCAGUUCAGUACAUUUUGUAUUAGUAUCUUGCUUUGGAAAACCCAAAGAGAUAAAAAGUUCAUGCGAAAUUUAUUUUGUGUUAAGGAACUACUGAGGAUCAAAAUAAUCCAUGAAAUGCAGCAGUGAAUCAUUUUACCUUUGAUAAAGGUAAAUCAGACUGUGAAGUUUUUUUAUACUUGAUGACUGGAAGGAGUAUUUUUGAUUCCUUAUAUAUAUAUGGAGUCAGGAGUUUCGUAUUCAAAACUGUCCCAAAUUGUAGAAGUCAUAGUGUCCUCUGAUAUAAUUGUACAUUUUAGAAGAGCACCCAUAAUUCAUCUAGGUAAAUUCCACUUCCUAGGUAUAAUUCACAUAUUCAGAGUUGAUGGUUGCACAUACAAGGAAUUGCUGAUUUCAAUUGCAGUUUUGUAUAAAAAGAAUGGAGAGAUUUAUAAACCUUUUCCUCAUUGCCUUUUUCCCAGAGUAAAAACAAAGAAAUUAUGUACCAAAUCUAAGCAUAUUGUUUUAUACUGCAUAGAAUAAAGAUUUUAAAUGUUUCCUAAUUAUAUGUUUUAAGGUGAAACAUUCAUUUUGCAGAUUUUGUUUUCUUCUUUAAGUAGAGGUAUGUAUUCUGAAUUAUUUUCUUUUUCUCAUGUGAGUGUAUUUAUCCGUAAAGUAGAUAACCUGUAUGGUAUAAGUUUUAAAAUGAGGGAAUCUAAAAAACAAGUCUCCAAACUCUUUAGGCUUGGAAUUUAAAAGUUUUGUGCAACAUAUAUAAACCCAUAUAUAAGGCACAGCCAGCUCUGGCCUGUAAGCCAAAUCCAGCCUAGUGGCUGCUUUUCAUAGUCUGUGGGACUACGAAUUGUGUUUACAAUUUUAACUCAUUAAGAAGGAAGUUUCAAGACACAUGAAAAUUAAUAUGAGAUUCUGUGUCCAUAAAGUUUUAUUGGAACACAGUUAUACUUUUACUCUUAUACUCUUAUAUAAGUUAUACUUACACUCUUUUACUCAUGGUUUAUGGUUGCUUUUGGCCAACAGUGACAGUUGAAUAAAUGUUUGAGAGACUAAAGCCUAAAGCCUAAAAUAUUUACUAUCAAACCCCUUACAAAGAAAGUUUGUCAGCCUAUAGAGUAGUAUGACUGGUGUUCCAAUGUAUAAAUGUGUUGGGAUAGUUCUUCAAAACUCUUUCAAAGGUUCUUGUUUUAGAAUCUUUGUCACCAUUUACUUUAAGAGAAAAGAAGUCAGAUCACUGAAAAAGCUAAGCAAACUUGCUCCACAGUGCUAGCCAGGAAAAUUAUCUUUAGUUACAAAUUAUGUUGCAGUAUAAUCAAAAAGGUCCACAUAGUGUGGAAUGAGAUUCUUUUGAAGUAUUAGCUAUGGCUUAGUAAAAUGAACUUCAGGAACUUUUCAGUUAGCACAUUACCACAAAAUCUUUAUCAGCUUUUAGCAUUUGUUUAUCCUUUAGGAGAGUUAAGCAAAGGUUUUCAAAUCCAUACCACAUUUUUGAUCAAAAUAAUUCAUCUGUCAUCAUCAGUUCACAGGAACAGGAUAACUCAAAAUUUAUAUGUGCUUUAUAUUAUGCUAACUAUUGAGAAAUGGCAGUUCCUAAAUUUCUAGAAAACUUAGAAGAUUUUUGUUGUUUCUGGAUAGAAAAAUCAGUAAAAAGUCACAAAAAGAUGACUUAGGUAUACUGAGCUUGACUGAAGACAAAAAAUACAACUUAAGAGGAAGAAUAAGAUUUAAAUGUAUAAAGUUGGGUGUUUUCAAACAACUUUGUGCUGUGGUUAGGAAUACGGGACAGUCUGCCAUUAGUUAGAUACACCAUGAAAAAAAAUAGAUACACCAUGGUUCUGAGGCUAGAGUAUUUUGGGGAAGAAGAGGAGGUGCACUGUUACCAGCCUAUUUGGGUUUCCAGGAGAAUUAAGCGCUCACUCCCUGUGGUAUCUAGAAUGUUACUCCUUAUGUACCUUCUUCAGGAGAAUGGCGAAAGUCAUCAGUCAAAUAAUUUAUUGUGUCCUGUGCUUCAGAUGAGCCCAGGGAGCAUAUAGGUGUCAGUGUUGGUAGUAAAUAUUAUAGAAUGGGUGAGAUGGAGAAAUGAAUUUUGUAAAUACCUGACAAAAGUACAAAACACAUCUUUGCAGUUACCUUCUGAGCUCUUAGCAUUUUACCUAUGGAUGCUAUUUUACACUGAACACAUUCAAAUCAAAUCUUCCUAAAUAUAUUGGGAUGUUCAGUAUCCACUAGGUUCUCAAGUAUUUACACCCUCAUACAGGAAAAAGAAGUAUGAAACAGUGGAAAGAGCUAGAGCAGAACUAAAUUAUGAUAAUACCAAAUUGUAUUGGAUUUGCUUUGUUUCUAAAACAAUGUUACUGUUAAUACUUUAAAUAUUAGAAUAAUCUGAUUCCACACCUUUCUUAAACUUCAAUACAUGCUGAAGACUGGCAUGCCAUAUGCCAAAUGUCAUCUCGAUUAUACACAAAAUUUCUAUUAUAAAGAAUAAGAAUUUAACAUCAGUAACCAGUGGCCACUCCUGUAGAGCCUUGGUUUUUAGAUGUUUAAGUUGUUCCAACAGAGUAAUUGCUAUAGGAAGUAUAGAAGAAUGCUAGAGAGAAAGAUGCUCAAGAAAUGAAACGGGGUUUAUGCUGUUUGUCAUAAGCGAUUUGUCAUAAAGAGAUUUUUGUACUAUUGUUCAUAGGAGUACCAAUAUUAGGUUUUUGAAAUAAGUUGGUGACAGAAUAGAGGUCUGUGUGAUUAUUUUACUUUCUGAUGUUUACUUAAAGAAUAUUGUGUGCCCAUUCAGCCUAUUGUGAUCAUGUAAUUUUGCUAUUGUUUUUGGCUAAUCCUUUAAAAUACCACUUUAAAAAUAAGGCAUAUGUUUUUAUAGUUGCUCUGAAUGUGUGUAUUUAAAUUUGUGAAUUAAAAGGGUAUUGCUAUAAGUGGAUUUAAAGUAA